AUGGGGGACGAGACUUCAAGAGAAUCCUUGUUGAAUUCCGACAAGAACGUGGCUCUUUUAAGAUGCGUUUCUCACGCGUACGAUGAAUUGCACAGCUUUCGUAGCUGGCUCAAAUGGCUGUGCGUGGAUCAAUCCAAUGCAAAGACUGCCUGUCUUUCGUGGUUCGUUUUCUUCGUAUUUGCCAUUUUGAUCCCUGCACUAUCAAAUUUCGUGUUGGUUUGUAGUAAUUGCGACAACCGCCACAGCCGGCCGUACGACACCGUGAUGCAGCUUUCUCUCACCGGUGUCGCCUCCCUGUCGUUUAUUUGUUUAUCGUAUUUUAUAAGUAAAUUUGGGCUGAGGAGAUUCUUGUUCUUUGAUAAGCUAUAUAAUGAGAGCGAGACCGUCCGAAAGGGAUACACAGAGCAACUCAAUUGGUCACUGAGGAUCCUAUUCAUCUUCGUCCUUCCCUGUUUUGCUGCUGAGAGUGCUUACAAGAUAUGGUGGUACAGUUCGGGUGGAACCCGCAUACCUUUCUUGGGCAAUGCCAUCGUGAGCGACACUGUUGCGUGCAUCCUAGAGUUAUGCUCAUGGUUCUAUCGAACGGUGGUCUUUUUUCUAGUGUGUGUUCUCUUCCGUCUGAUAUGCUACCUUCAGAUUCUCUGUCUACAAGACUUUGCUCGGGUUUUCCAAUCUAAUUACGACGUUGAAUCCAUUUUAAGAGAACACCUCAGGAUUAGGAGGCAUUUACGAAUUAUAAGCCAUCGGUACAGAACAUUCAUAUUGUGGGCUUUGGUAUUCAUUACGGUAAGUCAAUCUGCAUCGCUUCUGAUGACUACACGGUCGAGCGCAGAUGUUAACAUAUACAAAACCGGGGAACUCGCUGUAUGCUCUGUGAGCCUUCUUGCCGGGCUUAUGAUUAUACUGCGAAGUGCAACAAGAAUUACGCAUAAGGCACUAUCGGUUACUUGCCUAGCUGCCAAGUGGCACGUAUGUGCAACUAUUGACUUAUUUGAAACAGUCGAAAAUGAGACUCCAGUUGGUCCGGUGGCUGGAAAUGGAGUUUUUCCUGUGAGUUCUGAUGCCUCGUCUGAUAUCGAUGAUGUUGGUGAUGAAGAAGAUGAAAUGGAUAACACCAAAUUCCUCCCGUCAUAUGCCUUCAGCACCAUCUCGUUUCAAAAAAGACAAGCCUUGGUAACUUACUUCGACAAUAAUAGAGCUGGCAUUACAGUAUAUGGCUUCAUGCUCGACAGAACAUCACUUCGCACCAUAUUCGGGAUAGAGUUAUCCCUUGUACUUUGGUUGCUAGGGAAGACUAUAGGAAUCUCUUGA